GCUUCUUCUUUCCCCUGAAGUGUGUCAUUGUCUUGUGUUGCGGUGAGAAGCACAGUGAGCGACAGAGUGGAGGAACAGCAGGAGGUUGGCAAUGAAGCUGUUUCCUGCUCAUCCAAGUCUUUGGGCCAGCUUGCUGGUUUUGUGGGUGUCACAAAGUGAGACUGAGGACAACAGCUUAAAUGUCUGUCAGCAGAAAGAGUACCUUGACGAGCUCAGAGUGCAGGACUCUACAGGCCAGGAUAAUACUUUGGACAAGACUGAUGUAGAAGAAACCUUUAACUGCCUCCUUUACCCAACAAAUACACUCAACUGCUCCUGGUCAUUUGGCACAUUAGAGAAGGAUACUCAGCUUUCUGUUUCUGUCAGUGUUUGUGAUGAAGACACAGCGGUUCAGUCUCUAAACCAGACGUCUGUGGAAAGAGUCGGGUCAAUGUCUUUGAAUGUUGGCAAGCAUGAGGUGUCAGAUGUAAUCCUUCACUUUAACAUGUCCCGGCACGAAGAGUGGAAAACGUACACCUACGUAUACGACAUGGACAUGCUAGAGGUUCUGUCUCCACCCCAGAACAUCUCUGCAUCAAUCAAAGAUGGAGGCCUUGACAUAACAUGGGAUGCGCCCCACCCCCGAUCAAACAUAAACCCGACCCGAUGUUUUAACUAUCAGCUGGACAUGAGUAGUAAGGAAAAACCCAUAAUUGUCACUGCCAAUAAGUCCUUUAGGGAGCCAAAUGCAGAUCCCAGCCGCACCUACAAAGUGAGAAUCAGGACAAUAGUGGGAGACACGUGUCAUGGAUCUUCUGAGUGGAGUGCCUGGAGUCCCACUGUCACGGUAGAACAGUCGGUUUACAAACUCAACCCUGUAGUGAUCAUCUCGAUUUCACUCGGAGUUCCCAUGAUCCUCCUGGCUGUGCUGCUGUUGGUGCGCAAUCAGAGGGUGUCUCAGAUUCUGUUUCCGCCGAUUCCUCGUCCACCGCCCAAGUACAAACAUUUCUUGGAGAAAAAUGAUGCAUUUAAUUUCUUCCACCCUGCACCACCAGCGAAGCCUGAGGAAGAGAUCACAGAGGUGCAGGAGACAGAGCAGAACACUGGAAAGUCAUUUUGAAAGCGAAACAAGACGGACACAUUAGGAACGCUUUAGUUUAACUGUCUGCACUGCCAGGCUUUCGUAUACUGUAUGUUUCUAUUCAGGAGCUAGAAUAGAUGUGUUGAGUGCAUGCAAAGGGUGUGUUGAUGUGUAUUUAUAUUUGCAAACUGUGAUUAAAUGUUUUUAUGCUCUUAACGUCCAGCUGUCAGGUCCAGUUAGUCCACAUUGUGUGACUUUUUCAUCGUUAUGUUAAGAAGGAUUUGGCUUUAGCAUGUUUUGAUUGACUAGCUCUCUCAAACAAGUUAAUUUUGUUUAACUAAAGGGGUGUGACUGGUGAGAUUAUUAUUUGGAGCAUCUAUAAAAUGUGUGUACAUGGCUAUUUGUGAAAUAAAGUUGGGUAACAGAUUGUCUUCUUAA